AGCAGCACAUGCUUCUAAAUACUGGAAUGACAACGGAAAGACAGAAGAAAAAGAAAAGAAAAACACUCCCUCGUCUGUUCGCUUUUUCUUCCUUCACUUCCUUACUCCCCCCGUCUCUCUCUCUCUCGCUCGCUCUCUCUCUCUCUCUUUCCCUGUCCUUCUCGCGCUCCCAUUUAGUUCGGAGAAAACAUGAAGGAAAAGAGGAGCAAAUUCCAGCGAGGACCAAAGUCAAGUGAAAGUUUCUCCUGAACUGGGAUCUCAUCAUUACCGAGCGGAUGGACGGACAGGAAGGAAAAUAUCAUAUCAAGUCCUUGCCGUGAUAAGCGCUUUGAUGAAUAAACAAUCGCUGAAGUCUUAAACUGCGCUCGCUCGUGAAUGUGUGACAGUCGCGCCCGCGUGCGUUGAGCCAGCCGGACUCGAGGCGUUGGGUCGGGCUCUGGUUCUGUCCACUGAAGGUCAGAGACUUCAAACCGAGAAGCAGAGGCGUCGCCACCCGUCGACUCAGCAGUCAUGGCCGGGGCGAAACCGGGAGUACACGCGUUGCAACUCAAACCGGUGUCUGUCCAUGAGGUGCUCAAACGGGGGAGCAAGUUUAUCAAAUGGGACGAGGAGGCCGGCAGCAUACCCAUCCUUGUCACUCUUAAAGUGGACCCAGAUGGAUUCUUCCUCUACUGGGUUGGAGGGACCAACAUGGAAGUGGAAAUCCUGGACAUCAGUCAAAUCAGGGACACCAGGACAGGGAGGUUUGCCAAGAUGCCAAGGGACCUACGUACACGUGAGACGUUGGGUUUGGGCAAAGGAGACAACAACUCAGAAUUAAGGCUGCUAACUGUCGUCUACGGCAACGACCUGGUCAACAUCUCCUUCCUCAACUUCCAAGCUGUGCAGGAUGGCUAUUGCAAGGUGUGGACAGAUGAACUGUUUAAACUUGCCACAAACAUACUGUCCCAGAAUGCUUCCCGCAACACCUUCUUACUCAAAGCUUACACCAAGCUGAAGUUGCAGGUAAAUCAGGAUGGGAAAAUCCCAGUGAAGAACAUCCUUAAAAUGUUCUCAGACAAGAAACGUGUGGAGAUGGCACUGGAUCACUGCGGUCUGGUCAAUAACAGGGGGGAGGGCAUAAAGCCAGAUGACUUCACCUGGGAAAUGUUCCAGAACUUUCUCAACAAACUAAGUCCCAGACCAGAAGUGGAGCGUAUCUUCGUGGAACUUGGCUCCAAAGGAAAGCCCUUCCUGUCUCUGGAUCAGCUGUUGGACUUUAUAAAUAAAAAACAGAGAGAUUCUCGACUUAAUGAGGUUCUUUAUCCACCACUUAAGCGAGAUCAAGUCCGUCAGCUCAUGGAGAGAUAUGAGACCAACGUCAGCCAGCUAGAGAGAGAUCAGAUCUCUCUGAUGGGCUUCGCAAAGUAUCUUGGUGGGGAGGAGAACUCUGUGGUUCCUCCUGAGAGGUUGGACAUCAUCGACGAUAUGAACCAACCCCUGUCCCACUAUUUCAUCAACUCUUCACACAACACAUACCUCACAGUGGGUCAGUUGACGGGCCUGUCAUCAGUGGAGAUGUACAGGCAGGUGUUGCUGACAGGAUGCCGCUGUAUAGAGCUGGACUGCUGGAAAGGCCGCCCACCCGAAGAAGAGCCAAUCAUCACGCAUGGUUUUACCAUGACAACUGAGAUUUCAUUCAAGGAAGUGAUCGAGGCCAUCGCUGAAAGUGCGUUCAAGACAUCUCCCUACCCUCUUAUUCUGUCCUUUGAAAAUCAUGUGGAUUCGGCAAAGCAGCAGGCUAAAAUGGCAGAGUACUGUCGCUCUAUGUUCGGGGACGCACUGCUCAUUGAACCCCUGGAGAAAUAUCCACUGCUUCCUGGUCAACAACUGCCAAGCCCCCAGGAACUCAUGGGGAAGAUCUUGAUCAAGAACAAGAAGAAACAUCAACACAGGGCCUCUAAUGGUGGGAGCAUUAGACGCAAGGACGGGACAGAAGACCAGUCCUCACCUUUGAAUGAUUGUCCAUUGUCUGAUGGGGAGGUGGGCUCGCUCAUGUCCAAUGGGGGCGAGAAGCUUGCAGAGAGGAUGACCAAAGAUCUUGAUAUCCGCAAAUCUAUUGAUCGGGGAGAUGGGGAGAGUGAAGAAGAGGAGGAAGAGGAACCCAUUCCAGAUCCAAAGAAACACAACAACACUGACGAGGGUACUGCGUACAGUGAGGUUAACGCUACAGAGGAGAUGUCUACGUUGGUCAACUACAUAGAACCUGUCAAAUUCAAAUCCUUUGAGGCGGCAUCCAAGAGGAAUAAGUAUUUUGAGAUGUCAUCUUUUGUGGAGACCAAAGGCAUGGACACAUUGAAGAACUCUCCCAUCGAGUUUGUUGAAUACAAUAAAAAGCAGCUGAGUCGGAUCUACCCCAAAGGGACUCGUGUGGACUCUAGUAACUAUAUGCCACAGCUCUUCUGGAACGUGGGUUGCCAAAUGGUGGCACUAAACUUCCAAACUCUCGACUUGCCGAUGCAGCUGAACAUGGGGGUGUUUGAAUAUAACGGCCACUGUGGUUAUCUGCUGAAGCCGGAGUUCAUGAGACGCACGGAUAAACACUUUGACCCCUUUACUAUGGACAUUGUGGAUGGCAUUGUAGCCAACACAGUUAAAGUCAAGAUCAUCUCAGGUCAGUUUCUGAAUGAUAAGAAGGUUGGUGUAUACGUGGAGGUAGACAUGUUUGGACUUCCUGCAGACACUAAAAGGAAAUUUCGAACGAAAACUUCUAACAACAACUCUCUGGACCCAGUCUGGGAUGAAGAUACCUUUGUGUUCAACAAGGUGGUGUUGCCCACCCUAGCAUCUCUGCGGGUAGCCGUGUAUGAAGAAAACGGGAAGAUUAUUGGCCAUCGUGUCUUGCCAGUAUCGGCACUCCGCCCAGGAUAUCACUACAUCUGUCUGAAGAAUGAGCUGAACCAACCGCUCAUGCUGUCAUCCCUGCUUGUGUACACUGAGGCACAAGACUACAUUCCCAAUGAGCACCAAGAGUAUGCAGAGGCUCUGACAAACCCCAUCAAACAUCUCUCUCUGCUGGCCCAGAGAGAAAGGCAGCUAUUGGCACUUAUGGAGGAUCCUUCAGAGGGUGGACCUGUGAAAGAUGAAGACAAGUUUGACUCUGGCUGCGUGACAUCUGUUGACCCUAUCUGCCCUCUGCCGUCUCCAACAUUUCCUUCUGUGCUCACCGAGGUCAUGAACCCUCCAGCAUCAGGCCCAAAAGAAGAUUUAGUCAACAAUGUUCUUAAAGUAAUUGAACCUCAGUCCAUUGAUGAGCUCAAACAGCAUAACUCCUACCUGAAGCUGUUGAAGAAGCAAUGCAAGGAACUCAAGGAGCUGAAAAAGAAACAUCUCAAAAAGGUGUGGGCUUAUAGUAAAGAACAAAGGACUCGCUGUAAUCAGCUGAACUCUGACCUCCAGAGGAAACGGAGUCAGGUUGAGAAGCGCCUGCGCUCCAGUCUGAAGAAAAAUGGGUCAGAGGAGCCGGUGCAGAGGGAACUGAACGAACUAGAUCUGGAGCUGCAGAAACAGAUGGAGCAGUUCAGAGAGGAGCAGAUGCACGAGCUUCUUGUACUUAGACAGGCACAACAUCAGACAGAGAAAGAGGUCAAGCAAUGCCAUCUCAAAGAGGCCAAUCAGAAACUGAGGGAAAUUGCCCAAGAAUGCCAAGCAACCCAGAUCAAAAAACUCAAGGAAGUGUGUGACAAAGAGAAGAAAGAGUUACAGAAGAUUCUGGACAGGAAGAGGUUGAACAGCAUCAUUGAGGCCAAGAGAGCAGAAAAGGACAAGGCUGAGGCCAGGGAGCUGAAUGAGAUCAAUAGAAAACAUAUCAAUGAUUCAGUCAACUUAAUCCGUCAGCUGGAAGUGUCUCAGGGGAAGCGUCAAGAUAAAUUAAAAACCCUUCACAAGGACAUCCUUCAGAAAAUAGAGGAGGAGGUUCCUAUGGAGCAGGCCCGCCUGACACGUGACUGCGAAGCAGAGCUGAAGCGCUUGCCGGAAGAGAUCUCUCAGUACCUGCAGGAGCUCGAGAGCAAAGGCUCUCGUAAAGACACUCUGAUGGGUCAGGCCAAUGACAGCCCCAGCUCCGGCCCCCCCUCUAACUGCAGCACGCCCCCCUAUUCCUCCCCCAACCACAGCUGGAGCAACAUGGGCAAUAUCUCAUCCUCACUGCUGGACUCCUCCUCCACCUCAAACACUCCCGUCAAGUCAGAGACGGACACUACAGGAGUGUACUAGCGAGACUACGUUCGUUUUAUUUGUUUUUCUUAUCACUCUCUCCAAUCCAUUUCUGUCCACAGUGGAUUUUAAGAGUAGAUAUAGUAUUACUAAAAGUUGUAUGCAUAUUUUGAGGAUUUUUUUUUUGUUGUUUUUUUGGAACCUGCAUACACUUUACCAACGUAUCUGUCUAAAUCAACUCUGUUUUACUUUUCUUUUAACCAAAUUCCUGUUUUUAAUCCAUAAACACAAUGGAUUUUAUCUAGCUUUAAUAAUGUGGGCUCUAGUACAUACCACCACCUGUACGUUAAGAUACCUGUGGAAACUAGAGGGAUGGGGUUUUCUAUUUAUUUCUGUUGCAUAUUGUGCACUUUCCAGCUUUAUGUGUAGUGCAGCGAGUUGUCCUGAAGGUGGCAGUGUAAAUUUGGCAGUUAUGUAUACUGACGCUGUGAUGCUAGCGCUAGGCUUAUGAUCAGUCUAAAAGGUACAUGUUUACAUAAUAAUGCACAGCUGGACUAUUGCUUACACAUCCCCAACACAAUUCAUUUCACAGCGACGAAACAUCCUGUUUUGUGAAUGUUGAUCAGGAGCACACUGUCUGAAAAUGUGCAAAAAUUACACAGCUUGUACCCUACAGGGACAACUUUGUACCUUAUCUACCCCUAAAAGGUGCAUAUUAAUACUUCAGAGUUUAUGUAACCUUGAAGUAAUAUAGUUUCAGUGCUAAAUAAGAUACCAAAAUGUCCAUUUGAGGGUACCGCCCCAGUGGCAAGCUGCUAUAAGCCUAAAGAUACAAUUUCUGCACAUUUUUUCCUAAAAGUGUAUAUUGUUUGUGUCCGAUGACACUUAAAUGUUUAAGUGCCUCACAUUUACAUGUACUUGGCUCGAACUCUUUCACCCAGUUAAUGCUUUCUAAAAUCCCAUAAUCCUGCUCUCUUUCCCAUACCUCCCCCGUAUCUCUCUCUAUCGGUUGUCUUAAUCUAAUCUAAUCUAAUCCAGAUUCUGUGUAAUUGGCAGCGAUUCCGCAUCUCACACAAUCCAGUGAUGUCUAGGAAAUUUCAUAGACCACCUUUUUUAUUUUUGGCCAAACCUUUUUGAAUCUGCUCACAUUCUGGGUGUGUUUGCAUGUCAGAUCCAGUCUCAGGAACGCGGCGCACAAAUCCCCCGUCUGGUCUAUUCAGAGUCAUGUUGCAUAAUAUGCAACAAAGCAGAGCAUAUGAGAUGAGUUUUUAAUGUGAGAUUGAAGACUUUUACAGCUUAGCUCUGAUCACCACAAUCCAGGGCUUUUUUAAUCCAUUAGAAUGUAUGAUGGUUGGAUUUUGCUUUCUCGUACUGUAAUCUGGUCUGCUGUCGCCCCCCACUUCCUGUUUACUUUCAUUUAGUUGGUCAGUUUUUUUGGUUGUAUGUCCAUGUGCGUCUUUCCCCCACCUUUUUCUUCCAUUCUAUUUGUGUCUCUCAGGGCUCCGUGGCUCAAUAUUAAGACAGUUGGAGUUGAGUGAGCAUCUUUCACACCGGUGUGUUUGGUGCUUAAUGAUCUCGAUGGAUGCACUUUGAGAAAGACAAUGAUUACAGCACUUACGAUUAUCAAACAGUUACAUUUGCUGAGCGAGUAACAUAAUAUGCAUCAUGGACAUGACGGUUCUUCUCCAUGCUUGGAUGAUAAUAUUUCCCAGUGUAAUUUACAAAGUGUGUGUGUAUGUGUAUGUGUGAGGUAGGCGCUGGCUGUGAGAAUGAACACUGCACAGUAGAGUUUAGAAGGCCAGAAGGCAAAAGGGCUGAAGGGAGAUAAAAUGGACAACACCAUCUUUAGCUAUUAGAAGUGAGCUUUGAUGAUUUGCUUGAGUUUAUGCGACUCAGCCCACAUAAUGUGUUCAUAUGUUAAGUCAAUAGCUUUAUAUACCUGAUAAAUGGUACUUGCAUGGAAACAUCUCCUUUCUCCACGUCUCAUUAUCUUUGGAGAUGGACGUUAGUGUUGUACAUACUACCAGGAAAUAUUAAUGUGUGUAUUUCAGUCGAAACCACAUGAGAGUUUAUAUCGAUCUACAUAUGAUUCAUUCCAUUUUAGAUGUAAAUGAAUUCUACUACUGAUUGGAGGCGAAGUUGAGGGUGACGUCUGUCUUUUUGCUUGCGUCUUUAGGCUGAUCUAGUGUCCCAACACCAAGCACACACUAUAUAGUCAUUCUAAGCACCAUUCAACUGUCUUCUGCUGCUUGUCUGGCAUUUUAUUUCUUGCUUAAAAUGAGGUGCAGGUGUUUUUUUUUUUUGUUGUUUUUUUUUUACUGAGAAACACCCAAAUACUUUAUGGCCUGUAAUUUAUUUUGUACACUUUAUGAUUGUCUUGUUCUUUACAGUGGCAUGAUUCUGUAUUGUGCCUAUUAAAUAUCACCUCAUGGUUCUCUUAUGUGUAUAGACAGUAGUAAUGGUUGAAUGGUGCGGUUUUAUCAUUUAGCAGCAAUUCUUUCCAACAAUUUCUUUUUUUGAAAUCAUGUGAUUUAGAAACCAACAUUUUAGUGUCUUAAAAUGGGACAAAAUUCAGGUGGUUGUUCUGAUUUUGAAUUUUAUUUUGAUUUUAGCACCUUUCAUUUUUUUAAUGCUUGCAAAGCAUGUCUUGUAAAUUGAGUUGAGUUAUCGGUACAGUUUUUUUUUUUU